AUGUGUGACUUCAUGGAGGAUCAGACUGCUGAGAUGAAUAUGAAGGUGUUGGACUUUGAACGCUUUCUGCCAAUGCUGCAGACCGUAGCAAAGAAUAAGGACCAGGGCACAUAUGAAGACUAUGUAGAGGGGCUUCGGGUGUUUGAUAAGGAAGGGAAUGGUACAGUCAUGGGUGCUGAAAUACGACUCGUCCUUAUCACUCUGGGUGAGAAGAUGACUGAGGAAGAAGUGGAAGUGUUGGUGGUAGGGCAUGAGGACAGCAACAGUUGUAUCAACUAUGAAGAACUAGUCCGGAUGGUGCUGAAUGGCUGA